UUGUUUAUUUAAUUUUAAACUAAGGAUAUUAGGGAUAUUUUACACUUUAAUGAAUGUCAUUUUUUUUGUGACUUUCUCCUUCUAGUGCUAUUUUUGAGACAUAAACUUCAAAAGGUGCUAUUAUUGACAAUUGCCCUUUUUUUAUUGGCUAAAUUAAUAUUAGUUUAUAUUUUUAUGUUAUUUUCCAGAAUAAAAAUAUAGCUUCAUUCUUGUGUUUCAAGUUUCAACCAAAAAAAUCAACUAUUUUAAAACACAAAUCAAUGUUUUUCUCUUCGAUAAUAGUGUAUACGACCGAAGCUCAUUUGUACAAUUAUAAAUAAUAGUAGAAAUUAUUUCGUUGUUUCUUAAAAAAAAAAAACUAGAACAUUUAUUAGAUUUUAUACAAAAUUGAGCAAAUGAUAAAAAAAUUGAGCAAAUAAUGCAUGUUCGCUUUUCAACGCCAUGCAGCCGUACGCCACUGAUGAAAUAUGACAACUAUGUGAAGCAUUUGACAUUCAUGUAAAUAAUGAAAUGAAAUUAGAUGCGACACAAAUAUGAUAAUAACAUUGGAAACCAUUAGUUUUCUGUCCAAAGUUGACAAAAUCAUAUAAUUACCGUGUGUGACCUGCGUAUUGACCGGUAUACGCACCCUUUGGCCUAACCAUAUGACUAGGUUUACAUAUAUACCACUAUAAUAAAAUGCCUGAUAUUUUUGUUUGCUUUCUAUAUAUGUUACAUAAUUUUUAAUACAAAAUUGCUUUUUUAAGUAUUGAUAGCCUAAAUAUCUUGUUUUUUUAAUAUAAUUUUAUGACGUCAUCUUGUUCCUUUUAGUUAAGAUUGCUAAUUAUAAACAAACUUGUGAUUGAAAUUUUGUGAAAAUAAUACACAGAAAAAAAUAUUCGAAACACUAAUUGAGAAAAUAACUUUUGUCACUAGAAUGGUGGAACAUAAAAGCUGACGAACUAUACCGUUGUUAUGCAACACUGUCGAUUGUUGACCAGACAUGUGAUACACUUAGAUAAACUUAAUGCAUUGAUUGUAUGUAAUUAUGUAUAUGAAUGUGCAACCUUAUUCAUGUUUAGAAUAUAUAUCAUAUAUGUAUAUAUAUAUAUAUAUAACAUGUUUUCGAUGAUGAUGGACUGCUAAGAAACUCACUAACUAAACAAGUAAUAUAAGAUUUAAAGAGUUGACGAAUGCUCAUGUGAUGUCAGGCCAAGAGAUAGAAGAAGUCUUCUUCCAUGAAGCUUCAAGGAUAUCUCCCUUCACAUUAUACAAUCUCUAUUUGGCGCCGUAAAAUUAGGCUCUUGUAUUAAUUUCAUUUACUGCAUUAGGAUAUUUUCAUAAUACCCAAACAUUUAAAUAACCAAGAUCCAUGUAUAACUUUAUCUACAAAUGGUUCAGUUAAGAAAAAAACAAGAAAUAGAACUUUAUGUGAAAUCAUCAGAUUUUUCCUUUUGAAAACUAUUCAUUAAAUUCAGUAAUGUCAUACUUGUAAUUUUACUUUAAAUAUUGGCUCAAGAAAAUUGAAUUAUAAAUAUUGUGGGAUUAGUGUUAAAUAUUUAUAUAUUGGGAAUCAUUUUUAUUGAAAAUGCGUUUUCUUAAUGUUCAAACAUAUGAAACAAAGAUAUUUAAUUACUGUUUUAAAAAGAGAUUUUGAUUACAAAACUUAUACUUGCUUUGAUCAUUUAUUUUCUUUGUUCAGGGGUAAUAUUCUUUGUGUCCCUAUUACAACAGAGAAGUAGUAUUAUCACCAACAAAGUCAGGAAAUAAUUUAUUUAUAUUCCGCUAGUUAGUUUAAAAUAAAUAACACAGAUAUGAUUGUAGGAAAAUGUCCGAAAUUCAAUAAAAAUAGAAUAAAAAAUUGAACAUGUUGAAGUGUUGACGUUUUGGGUCCCCUAGAGAAACUACACAAAUGGCUAUAAGUAAAAGAGUUUUAUCAAGUCUGUGGAGAAGAAAAAGACAACAAAAGAAGAACAAAAUUCAAAGAAGAAGAUAACAUUCUUCUUAUUUCUAAAAAUGGAGGUUCUUCUGAAAUUACCCACUUCAGAUUCUCUUCUUAAGGAUAAAUUUCUUGGAUCUGCUCAAAUCCUUGAAGCUAGUAAGGGUGACGACGAUCAUCAAGAACUUGAAUCUGCCAAGGCCGAGAUGACCGAGGUAAAGGAAGAGAACGAGAAGCUUAAAGGGAUGCUCGAACGAAUUGAAAGUGAUUACAAGUCUCUCAAACUCAGAUUCUUCGACAUAGUUCAACAAGAACCUUCAAACAACCCAACACAAGAUCAAAACAUGGUUGGUCUUCAGAAGUCGACGACGGACUUGAGUUCUUUUGAUCAAGAACACGAGCUUGUGUCUCUUUCACUCGGGAGAAGAAGUUCUUCUUCUAGUGAUAACACCUCUAAAAAGGAAGAUAAAGAAGUCAACGCUGACGAAGAGUUGACCAAGGCUGGCUUGACGUUAGGAUUCAGUAACGGGAGUUUAUCUAGCCAGGAAAAUAGCUCCGGAGAAACUUGGCCGUCAGGUAAAGUGACCGGGAAGAGAAGCUCUCCAGCACCUGCCUCCUGUGGCGAUGUUGAAGGAGAGGCCGGUCAGCAGAAUAAUGUAAAGAGAGCUAGAGUUUGCGUUAGAGCGAGAUGUGACACACCAACGAUGAAUGAUGGCUGUCAAUGGAGAAAAUAUGGUCAAAAAAUCGCAAAAGGAAACCCAUGUCCACGAGCAUACUAUCGAUGCACUGUUGCACCUGGAUGUCCCGUUAGAAAACAGGUUCAAAGAUGUGCAGACGACAUGUCUAUACUAAUCACAACCUAUGAAGGAACACACAGCCACCCUCUUCCUCUCUCAGCCACCACCAUGGCCUCCACUACUUCAGCCGCCGCCUCCAUGCUCCUCUCCGGCUCCUCUUCCUCCUCCUCAUCAGCCGCUGAAAUGAUCGGAAACAACCUCUACGACAAUUCAAGAUUCAUCAACAACAACAAAUCAUUCUACUCACCCACACUUCAUUCUCCAUUACAUCCUACAGUCACUCUAGACCUCACUACACCACAACACUCUUCCUCUUCUUCAUUGCCUUCUUUAAAUUUCAACAAAUACUCCAACUCUUUCCAAAACUUCCCAUCCACAAGCCUAAAUUUCUCUUCUAAUCCAUCAUUAUCAUCAUCAACUACUCUCAGCAUACCCGCGGUUUGGGGCAGUGGGUAUUCUUCUUAUACUCCAUAUCCUUACAACAAUGUGCAAUUUGGGACGUCCAACGUAGGAAAAACAGUCCAAAAUAGUCAGUCCUUAACUGAAACCCUAACGAAAGCGCUUACUUCCGACCCAAGUUUCCAGACCGUGAUUGCUGCUGCGAUCUCAUCCAUGGUUGGAUCCAACGGGGAGAAACAGAUCGUGAAUCCUAUUAGCAACAAUGUUCAGCAAACCGCCACGACGAAUAACAUCAAAGGAUGUGGAGGCUAUUUUAGCAGCUUAUUGAUGUCUAACAUAAUAGCAAAUAAUCAAACGGGUGCGUCUUUGGAUCAACCACCGUCGCAACCUCCGUUAUCUAUGUUCAAGAACUCUUCUUCUUCAUCUUCCACGACUAGUUUCGUGAACAAGGAAGAGAAAAGCUAGUAGCUGUAUCAAAAGAAACUCCAUUGUUAAUUUUUGGGGUGUUUUUUUUUUUAAAUAGGUGUUGUAGUAUUGUAUCCAAAGAUGUUAACUCUUUUUAAGUCCGUUUCUCAUAAGUGUUUUUAUUUGAGUUA